AUGUCUACAGAGACAACUCGAUCACUCGACAGAGGAGACCUGACUGAAUCGAACUAUACUAUGAUCAGCAAUUGUCAUUGUCCCUCAUCCGCACCUAACAUUGAAUUCCUUUUGAUAUCUCUUGUUGAUCAUUUCAGCGAUAAACUCGUCUUAAUCGCUUGUUUUCAAAUAGCAUCUCUCCUCUGGAUCAGCUGGAUAUACAAAGUCAAACUCAACGAUUACAGUUGGAGAUGGAGACACCAACAAUAUCGAACCCUCGUCGACCUCACAGACAUCCUUCUCUAUAUCGUAUCAACAACCGUAUUCAUCCUCCAAUUCCGACUCCUCUGUAUCCUAUGGCAGUACGACAACACACGAUACAUUCCAAUACAACUCGUCUCUUUUGGGGUAUUGCGAUAUGCCUUAAAACAAUCAUCUAAACAUUCAAAGGACAUCUACCUACAUGAUAUUGUGGGAGAUACCUUUACAAUCAAUCCUAAUCGACAACGUCAAAGACAAAGAGUUGGAUCCGAUUCUAGUUCCAAUUCCCAUUCGGAGUCAUCGACAUCAUCAAGGUCAAUCGUCGAAUCAAAUUCCACCUCAAUUCCACCUUCUCCUAAUGGUUCAUCAGUGACCUCGCCAAUUGACUCACCUUCAUCCUCCAUUAGUGGACUUCCUAGCCCAGCCGAGGAAGAGUACGACGACUCCAUACCUCCUUCUCAUAACAUGGCUAGACUCCGAGAAAUCGCCAAGAGGGAGAACGUCUCUUUGUGGUGGGUGUUCUUUAGAGAAGAAAGGAAUUGGGUGAGGAUGAGGAUGAACAAUAAUCAAAGUAUAUUCUUCUCUCAACGAGAACGAGCACCAGCACGAGAAAGAAAGAUAGCAGCCAUAGCUCAAGAGCGAGAUCGAGAUUGA